AUGUAUCCCGUCCAAUAUGCUCCGCAACCAUACGUAGCUGUUGUGACACCUGCAUUCAAUCAACAGCCUGCUCAGGCUUAUCAAGCGCCUCCAGCUUAUCGACCAGCUCCAGUUCAACAACGUGUUGCGGCUCCUCCAGCUUAUCAACAAACACCAAUAGCUCCUGUUUAUCAACAACCAAGAGCUCAAGCGCCAAGGCAAAAUGCUCAAAACCAGAACAUAAGGCAAGGGGAGAGGGCGACCUUCAAUCCAAUUCCAAUGUCGUACACUGAGUUGUAUCCCUCCCUAUUGCAAAAGGGGUUGGUGGUUCCCAGACCUAUGGGACCUCCACCUGACCGUCUUCCUCCAUGGUACAACCCUAAUGCACACUGUCCUUUUCAUGAAGGUGCCCCCGGGCAUGACCUAGAGGGUUGUAACGCUCUAAAGCAUAGGGUUCGGGAAUUGAUUGAGAGCAAGAUCUUGUCUUUUAAGGACAUGGGGCCGAAUGUGAAGAACAAUCCUCUUCCUCCCCAUGGAGAUCCCGCGGUAAAUACCAUUGAAGAUGCCUCUGCUGGUGUUACGGUUGAUAAGAUGGAUGAUGUGAAGACUCCUUUGGUGGCAUUCCAUGCCCGAUUGGUGGAAGCUGGCCUGAUUAAUGUAAAUCAUGAAAAUUGUGAAGAGUGUGCCACACAUCCAAAAGGGUAUCAGAUGGUGCGAGACAAUAUUCAAGGCUUGAUGGAUGAAGGAAUGCUUCAAAUAUCCAGUGCUGUGAAGAACGAGGAUGUGUUGGUGAUUGAACCUUGUUUCAAUUUACCUAAACCAGUCGAAAUCCCAUAUUAUAGUGGUGGAGUGGUCCCGAUGAACAGUAAGCCAUCGCCUGUCGAGAUAUGUAUGCCCACGCCUUUUCCCUACGAGAGCACCAAGGUUGUGCCUUGGAAAUAUGAGAUUACUGCUGUGGAUAAGGUUGUUGAAGGAAGUUCAGACGUUGAGGUGACAGAAGCUGUAAGUGAAGACGUCACAAAUAUUGCAGGAAUGAGCAGAAUGACCCGUAGUGGUCGAAUCUAUAUGCCUGAAUUCAAUGUGACUCCUCAAGGGCCAAAUAAGGAAUCAACGGUUGCAGCUCCCACUAAAGAACCCGAAGUGGUCCAAUCCGAAGAUGCUGUUGAAUUCUUGAAGUUGAUCAAGAAAAGUGACUACAAGGUUGUGGACCAGUUGCAUCAAACACCGUCUAAGAUCUCUAUUUUAUCUUUGUUAUUGAACUCCCAAGCCCAUAGGGAGGCUUUGUUGAAGGUGCUUGCUCAAGCUCAUGUAACGCAAAGCAUAACAGUUGACCAAUUUGAUGGAGUAGUUGCAAACAUCACAGCUUGUAAUACUUUGAGCUUCAGUGGAGAGGAAUUACCUGAGGAUGGACAAAAUCACAAUCGUGCUCUCCAUAUCUCGGUAAAAUGCAAAGAUGAUGCUUUGGCAAGAGUGUUGGUUGAUACCGGAUCUUCUCUGAAUGUUAUGCCAAAAAGAACACUCGCCAAGUUGUCUUAUCAAGGACCAGCUAUGAAGCCUAGUGCCUUGGUAGUGAAAGCUUUCGAUGGUUCCAGGAGAACCGUGAUUGGAGAGUUGGAACUGACCAUAUUGAUUGGCCCUCAUGACCCUGUUGGGAAAGCUUGUUCAUCUUUCGCUUCUCUGAAAAGCGCAAAGUCUAGCAUCGAAGGAGGAACCCCUGAAGGUUGGGGUCAACUUAUUGAUAUUCGUGAGAAGCAUGAUCGCUUUGGUCUGGGAUAUGUGCCUUCCGCUGCAAAAGGAGCCCGAGUCCCUACAAAGGACAACACCUGA